GAAUGCGGACAAUGCCGAGAGGCUUUAAACACAAGUGUCAGUUGGGUAAUUUAAAAAAAAGGAAGAAACGACAACUAAUUUCCGCAAAACACGAAAAAUAUACUUCUUUCUACCUGGAUAGAAAUGACAAGCCUGGGGAUUUUCUACUUAGUCGGGGCGUUGCUUGUGACACAGAGCAUCGCACUUAUCAGGGUACCCCUUCAUAAGACCAGAAGCCUUCGCCGCAUCAUUAACGAUAAUGGCAUGUCCGUCGAUCAAAUUCGGGCUUUGGCCAAGUCGAGCGGAUCUCCGGAUAGCGUUCCCCCCCCAGAUGUACCCGUGGAGAAGCUGACUAACUUCAUGGAUGCCCAAUACUUUGGGGUGAUCAGUAUCGGCUCCCCGCCUCAGGACUUCACUGUGUUGUUCGACACCGGAUCCUCCAACCUCUGGGUGCCCUCCAUUCACUGCUCAUUCUUUGAUGUCGCCUGCUGGCUUCAUCAUCGCUACAACUCAAAGAAGUCAAGUACAUACGUUCAGAACGGUACUGCCUUUUCCAUCAGAUAUGGCCGAGGCAGCUUGUCCGGGUUUAUCAGUGGAGACACAGUCACAAUAGCAGGUCUGUCAGUGCCCGGACAGCAAUUUGGUGAAGCGGUGAAGCAGCCUGGCAUCACAUUUGCCGUGGCCCGCUUUGAUGGGGUCCUGGGCAUGGCCUAUCCCUCCAUUUCAGUUGCCAACGUCACCCCGGUGUUUGAUACCGCCAUCGCGGCCAAGCUGCUGCCACAAAACGUCUUCUCUUUUUACAUAAGCAGAGACCCUGCAGCGGCACUGGGAGGAGAGCUGAUGCUGGGUGGGUCCGAUCCACAGUACUACACUGGGGACUUGCACUAUGUCAACGUCACACGCAAGGCCUACUGGCAGAUUAAGAUGAAUGGAGUUGAUGUGGGCACCCAGCUGACUCUUUGCAAAACAGGCUGCCAGGCUAUUGUUGACACGGGGACCUCCCUGAUGGUUGGUCCCGUGGAGGAAAUCCGAGCGCUGCAGAAAGCCAUCGGAGCGCUGCCCCUGCUGAUGGGAGAGUACUUAAUUGACUGUAAGAAGAUCGACACCCUCCCGCUCAUCUCCUUCAGCAUUGGUGGGAAGAUGUUUAACCUGACUGGAGAAGAUUAUGUCAUGAAGGAGUCGCAGAUGGGGACUUCCAUUUGCCUCUCGGGCUUCAUGGCCAUGGACAUUCCGCCCCCUGCUGGGCCACUUUGGAUCCUGGGAGAUGUUUUCAUCAGGAAGUACUAUACCGUGUUUGACAGGAGUGCCGAUCGUGUGGGCUUUGCACCAGCCAAGUAGUCCCAACUCAAGAAAUUUUCACCUAUUUUACUGCUAUUGAUUGCACUUGACUUUCAAAGUUCACAAUGUGUUUUGUUACUGUUGCAGCCGUCUAUUGCACGCUCAAAUCAAUGAAUGUAUAUCUUCGAUUUUAUCAAAGCACAGCCGCUUAGAGUUGCAAAAUUAAGUUGAUAUGGUUCACGGAGAAGUAAGUUGCCCCAGUGAUUUUUGUAUCCGUUCAAACUGCCUCUGCAUUUCCUUCAAAGAAAGACCGUAAGACAACUAAUAAAACAUUAAAAAUCCA